AUGUCGGCUCAAGAUUUUGUUGGAAGAUGGAAACUCGUCGAAUCCGAACACUUUGAAGAGUACAUGAAAGAAGUUGGAGUUGGUUUGAUCACCAGAAAAGCUGCCGCCAAUUUGAAACCAACUUUGGAAAUUAAGAAUGAGGGAGAUGUUUGGCAUCAUAAUCAUUAUUCGACAUUUAAAAACACGUUUUUGUCUUUCAAACUUGGAGAGGUGAGGAGGACGAGUCGGAUUCUAGGCCAUGUUGGGCUUUGUUUUAUUAGAGCGCGUUUGCAUUUUGAGGGGGGAGGGGUGUUGGUGUUUUGAAAUUAAAGAUCUGAGACCUGAGAAUUUCCGCAGGAAAAAUUUUUGCAGUAUUUUUUCAACCAUGAUCAAUUUUCCUUUGAUUUUAAAAACCGAAAUUUUUUAAUAUUUUUUUUAAUUUCCAAGAUCACAAAAAAGUGAAUUUAAUUUUUUUCACGGUUUCUAAAUACAUGGGCCCAAAAUCAAUAUAAUUUAUUUUUGCACAUCAGAGAAGCUGUUAGAAAAUUAUCACUAUCAACACACGUGUAAAACUUUCUUAUCUCUACUGAUAUUCCCGAACACAUAAUAAACAAUCUCCCAAAUCAACUACUUUUUUUCAGGAGUUCGAAGAGACUACCGGAGAUGGACGAACUCUCAAAGCAUUGAUUGUUUUCGAAAAUGGAAUAUUCACUCACACUCAAAAGAAAAUCAAGGAUUCCGACAAGGAUUCGACAUUUAUUCAUAGACUUGAAGAUGGAAAACUUAUUAUCACUUUGCAAUCGGGAAAUGUUCUUUGUCGUCGUGUUUUUGUUCGAGAAUAA